AUGGUGCGAGUUAUAAUCAAGGGAGGUGUUUGGAGAAACACCGAGGAUGAAAUCCUCAAGGCUGCUAUCAUGAAAUAUGGUAAAAACCAGUGGAGUAGAAUCGCAUCUCUUCUGCAUAGAAAAUCCGCUAAACAAUGCAAAGCUAGAUGGUAUGAAUGGCUCGAUCCUGGAAUUAAAAAAACAGAAUGGUCUCGUGAAGAAGAUGAGAAGCUUUUGCAUUUGGCUAAAUUGAUGCCAACACAAUGGAGAACCAUCGCUCCCAUUGUUGGACGUACCGCAGCCCAAUGUUUAGAAAGAUACGAGCAUCUCCUGGAUGAAGCUCAAAGAAAAGCUGAAGGGCUAGAUGAUGAAGUAGCGGAAGCUAAAAAGUUGAAACCUGGAGAGAUUGACCCAACUCCUGAAACUAAGCCAGCAAGACCUGAUCCAGUUGAUAUGGAUGACGAUGAGUUGGAAAUGUUAUCUGAAGCAAGAGCUCGUUUAGCAAACACUCAGGGUAAAAAAGCUAAAAGAAAGGCUAGAGAACGUCAGCUUUCGGAGGCUCGUAGAUUAGCUUCAUUACAAAAAAGACGUGAAAUGAGAGAGGCUGGGUUGCUUGUAGGAAUGUAUAAGAAACCCAAGAAAGGGCAGCUCGAUUACAGUGCUGAGAUUCCAUUUGAAAAGCCUGUACCUGCUGGUUUCCAUGAUCCCAAAGAAGAUGUUUAUAAUAAAGAUGAUCAACUUCAAAAGGCUAUUGAUGAUCACAUGAAACCUAGAAGAUUAGAGAGAGAAAUCGAGAUGAGGAAACAGGACAAAGAAAAGUUGAAGCGCAAGAAAACUGAUGAUGAACCAGAAGCUGUUUUCAAGAGUAAAGACAAGAAGAGAAGUAAACUGAUUUUACCAGCUCCACAAAUUUCUGAACACGAGAUGGAACAAAUUAUAAAAAUUGGUUCUUCAAGCGAUAGCGUCAGACAAUAUGCAGAUGGAACAGCUACAAGCUCUCUUUUAACGGAUUACGCUGCUUCUGCUCGUGCCAAUGCUUCUGCAGCCAGAACAGCGAGAACACCAGCUGCUGGUAAUACUGUCCAAAGAGAGGUUGAAACAAUCCUCGCCCUGCAAAAUGUUGAAACACCACUCAAAGGAGGAUUGAACACUCCAUUAGUCGAAGCAGAUUUCCGUGGUGUUUUACCUACACCUCAAAUUCAAGCUACUCCUAACACAGUCCUCAAUGCUGUUGCUGCAACACCCGCUAGCACUUUUGGUGCCACGCCAUCUGUGACAGGAUUCACUCCUGCGUCUACUCCUUUCCGUGAUUCCAUGGGAAUUAAUGAAAGCGGAGUUUCAGCACUCGAAGCUAAAGCGGAUUUGAGAAGAGCUCUGGGAAAUCUUCCUCAGCCGAAGAAUGAUUACGAGAUUGUUGCUCCAGAAGAAGAUGAAGAGAAGGAAGAGGACGAGGACGUCGAGGAUUGGAUUGAAGAUGCGUCUGAAUUAGACGAGGAAAGAGCCAAAAGGAGAGCGUUGCAACGACAAAAAGAAUUUGCUCGUCGAACUCAAGUUAUUCAGAGGCAGUUACCAGUUCCAUCAAAAGUUAACAGCUCGGCGUUCCAACCUGCUGGUAACAAAAAUGAUAAUAAGAGUGAUGAUGCCAUUAAAGCCGAAAUGUUGAAGUUGGUUGAAUGGGAUGUUAACAAAAAGCGUCCAGAAGAUGUGUACUCUCCGGAAGAUAUGGAAGAAGCAAGAAAAAUUAUCCAACAAGAGAUGGAAUUGGGUGAACCUUACAACGAGCAAAUGGUCUCGGUUGUUGAUCAAUGCAUGAGUGAAUUAACCUAUUUACGAGGAAAAUUCCUUCGAUUGGGAACUUUGAAUAGAAAUGAUCAAAUCGAAGCAUUGAACGGACAGUUCCAGUUGUACAAAGAUUGGAUGAAUACACGUGCUAAAAGAACAGCGAAACUGGAGAAAAAACUCAAAGUAAAACUUGGCGGAUACAUGUCUAUCGCUCAAAAUUUGACUCAGAAACUAAACGAAACUUUGAAUGAAAUCGACAUGGCUGUUAUUGAGAAGGAGACAUUCAGUCGAUUGGCUGCUCAUGAGGCCAAAGCCAUCAAUAAGCGUUUGAAUAAACUAUCAGAAGAGGUUACAAAGCAAGAAGAACGUGAGAGUGAACUGCAGAAAGAGUUCUCAGAUCUAAAAAACAAAGAAUGGAUCAUCCAACAGGCAGAAGCACGCAGUCAAGCAACGACAAUUUCAGAUCCCGUUGCAUAUUAA